UGAAUCGUGGCCCGAAGGUGGCUGUAACGUCAUCUGUGAGCGUUCGGCGUGGCUCAUCAUACACCGCCGCGUGACGCUUAGGGAAGGCGUUAGUUGGUGGUGGAUGAUGGCGCCCGCUGCUGUGGGUUCCGCCGUGGUACCGCCUGAGAUCCAGUUCGCUCAGCUACUGGCCGCGAACGAGAAGCGAAUUCGAGACCGGGCACUGAAAAAGCUACGAGGCUACAUGAUUCUGAGGACCCAGGGUCCGGCAGGUGGCUUCAACCAAGAAGAAUUUCUGAAAAUAUGGAAAGGACUAUUUUAUUGUAUGUGGAUGCAGGAUAAACCUCUGUUGCAGGAAGAAUUAUCAAACAACAUUUCACAGCUUAUCCAUGUAAUAGAGAAUAUAGAUGCUCGGCAUUUGUUCAUUGAGACUUUUUGGCAAACUAUGAACCGUGAGUGGAACGGAAUAGACAGACUGCGCCUUGAUAAAUUUUACAUGUUGAUUCGCAUGAUGCUGAGGCAGUCCUUUGAAGUCCUGAAGAGAAAUGGAUGGAAUGAAAGUUUCACUGAACCCUUUCUGAACCUGCUAAUGAGAGAGGCUAUCCACCCAGAGAGCAGUGCUGCCAUUGGGGUACAACUGCAUGUUGUUGACAUCUACUUGGAAGAACUGGCUAAAGUUGGGGCUAAAGAGCUCACAGCAGACCAAAACCUCAAGUUUAUCGAACCCUUCUGCAGAACUGCUGCCAAGACCAAGGAUCAUCACUUGCUGCAAGCCAUAAUCCGUUGUAUCUUUGAAACCAUUGUGGAUCAGUGCCCAUUUGCUGUAGAAGAUUUAAUGAGGGAACUGAAAGCUGGUAGUGAUGAUGAUCUGUCAGAAGAUGAUGACUGGAGCAACGAAGAUAAGCUUGUGGCCAAAGACCGGAGCUUGCCAAACAAACUUUCACUAGAUGGUGAAGCAGAAGAAAACCUGUUAGAAGCUGCAGAUGAUAACAUUGGUCCUGUCCUUCAGUUUGAUUAUAAAAGCAUUGCCGACAUGCUGUUUGAAUUAGGCAGUGGAAAACACACAGCACCUUUAAAUAGAAAACGUCUCUACAAACUGGUUAAAAAGUUCCAGGACCUUGCAGAAGGGACUUUUCCCCAAGAUGACUUUCCUGAAGAUGUUUCUACGGAUGAAGAUGAUGAUACCUUCAGCAGGAGGAAGUGGAAGAGAAAAUCUGGCAAACCUUUAGAUAAAACCAAGCUGGAAAAAGAAGAUAAUGCUGGAAACAGAAAAAUUGACAUGGAACACAAGGUUGGCAAUGGUGGCAACACAGGAUUGCGAAAGAAGAGAAAGAAGAGAAAGAGGAAAUUGAGUCAAAGUACUGACAUGCUCACUGCUACUGGAAGUCAACAAAAAGAGCCAGUCAUAUUAGAAGGAUCCAAAGAGCUAAAGCAGGACAAUGAAUCAGCAAAUAUGAACAAAAGGCAAAAGAAGUCUUUAGAUACAAAGGCAAGUGAAGAUGUCUCUGCAGCUCAUCCUGUGGGAAGACUUAGUAGCAGCUCAUCAAAGAAGACAUUAACAUGUUUGGUAAGCAGUAAAAAGAAAAAACCAAAGAAGAAAAGUGGCACCUUGCAGAAAGUUCCUGUAGAAGCUGUCCAUCAAAAUGGGCAAGUCCCUACUAUUACAGAAGGGACUCUUGACCACUGUGUAUCUGUAGAUCUUAUUAAUAAAGUGACUAAGAAGAAACGGAAAAAGGAUUUCAGGAUCAUUACUGGAAAUGGUUUUUCUGAAGAGGCUGUUAAGCAACCAGAGAAGGAAAGUUGUACAGAAUUGACAUCCCCCAUGUACCAAAAAGUUAAAUUGAGGAAAAAACAAAAAUUGGGGAUUCUAGAAAAGACAAGAGGCUCAAAGACGAAAAUAGUCAGAUUGAAAAAGAAAAGGAAAAUCAAGGAAAUCCUGAGUGCUGUAGAAGAAAAUGGACUUGAAGAUAAAAACGAGAAGUGCAAAACCAGCGAACCCGUUGGCAGUCCCAUCAUGUUACAGAAAAAGAAGACCAAGGCUGGGAAUGACUAUGUGAAAUUUGAGAAGACAACUCUGCCAAAACCAGUAUUCUUUAGAAAAGCAAAAGGAAGCAUUACUUCCAUGCAGUUAACCAAGCUGCAGUCUUCCAGUUCCAAAAAGGUAACGUUUGGACUGAAUAAAAACAUGACAGCUGAAUUUAAGAAGACAGACAAAAGUAUCUUAGUCAGCCCACAGGGAGCUUCACGUGUGGCUUUCAAUCCCAAGCAAAAACCACCCCACGGAGUGCUGAAGUCAGUUUCUGGCUCUCCUGCUGAAACAUCUCAAAUAAAGAAAUCCAUUUUAGUGCCAUCUAAGAAAAGACCAACUGCAAUGGACUUCUUCUAAGCAAACAAGGAGAGGACUCAUUUUAUAGAGAAUAUUUCCAUAACCAGUUGUUUCUAGACGGUUUUCUUUUGAAGUUAACAGGAUGGCAUACAUAUGGUCAACAUGACUUAUGAUGCUCAUACUUUACUAAGCACCUCUGUUUGAAACAGCUUCGUGUAUGUUGUCAAAAACCGUAAUUUGAGUUUCUGAUUACAGAGCCUUAUUGCGUAUGUUUUAAAAAAUUCAGUCAUGUGGUAAAUGAUUUUGUAAAAAUGUGUUCGAAACUAUUGCUUCGGUGUUUUUGUAGAACACAAUCAAAUGAGGGGGACUUAUCUUUAUAGCUCACUCUAGGCAGCUAAGUAGACAACUCUUUUCAUGCCUCCUUUUCCCUACAAGCUACCUGCCUUCCAUCUUUUUACCAAUAGUUUUGGAUGAACGUCUGAAUAUCAGGUCAGAUGGAUGAUGUCUGUAGAAAAGCCACUGGGAUUUUGAUUGGGUAACCAUUUGGUUAAUGAAUUUUAUUGACUGUGAUUCAGCUAUUGCACUCUGCAUGCGUUUCCAGUAAUUUGGAUGGGCAUUGUUGCCCCUUUCAGACUUUGAUCCCCUGUGGAACAAAAGAAUCCAUGCUUUUCCUCCAUUAAUGAACCUUUGCUUUUUAAACACUUACUUCUUACCCAUCAAAUAACUUAUUUCCCCCAUUAAGAUUCUGCUUUACUCACCUGUAAACUUUAAUAUCUAUAUCAACUCUGUAAACUUUAUCUUUUGCUACAGGGUAAAGGUGGCUUUGAAAAUGGCCAUAUCUUAAAUCUACGGCACACAAAAUCACUUACAUUAGACAUGGAAUGUGUAUGUGUGGCUAUAUAGAGAGUGUGUGUGUGUGCAUGAUUUUUUAAGUCAGAUCAUUAAUUUUCUGAGGCUGUUGCUAUCUUAAAAGUAUACAGUUUCGGCUGAAUUUUUAAUGGAGUUUUAUCUCUUACAGAGAGUGGAGAUAGCUUGCCAUUUAGUUUGCCUUCCCUUUCAGAUUAUUUCAGGAAACAUGUGAAUAAUGACAGAAAAUAUAUAUUUAACUUCAGCUUGCUCAACUUGAGCUUCAGGAUGGAUAGCUCCUCUGGGCAAUUGAGGAGUUUUCAGGAGCUUGCUAACUAAUGGAUGUCCUUGUGAACUGCACUAUGUGAAUGGUUUUGUCCAUGUGCCAUUUGUUUGCGAGUGUUUUUUUUAAAGCUUGCUUUUCCACCGCCCGAAAAAGUCUAAAUAGUAAAAGCUAGUCAAAAUUCAAAGACUUGAAUUCUGUGGUCUUCUCUCUGAAAUUUUAUAUCUUGCUAUAUUGGCUUAGGUCCAAGGUCGAUUUCCAUCAUUUUUGCCACUUCCUCCUCUCAGGCUCCCAGGUAGUUGGUUGUGCUGUUUUCAGGCUUCCUUGUCCCAUGAUUACAGUAUUCCAGAAAGAACAGUGGAUUGCAGCAGUACAAACAAAAAUCCAAUAUACUACUUCUGAAGGCUAGUAGGAUACUAGGGAACUUGUCCUUUGCACAAGCCUUUUACGGAGUCUGCAUAGAAUACAAUUUACUCUUCUUAAAGUAGUCUGAUGUUAUAGUAAUCCACCAGUUUUUCUGUCUAGAACUUGAAUACAGAGUAUGUAAAGCUACUGGAGGAUAAGAAUUCUCUUAAUCAUUCUACCAGUCUACGUCUCAGGGCCUUAUGCUCAUCCUAGUGUCUUGCAGGACAAAAAUGACAGUAUUUUUUCUCCUGAAUGUAAAAGUAAUAUGAGUUCUGAAUUAGAAAGAGUAAAUUUCCUUAUGGUUAAUGUUCUGGAAGAAAGUUAUUGUAGACAGGUAUGUGUAGUAAUACAUCUUCCUGUUUUUCCAUCUUUUCCCACUAUGUUGCUAAGAGUUUAAUUCAAAUCAGAAUAUUAAUUUAACUUCUUAUUUGCAAUCCUUAGGAGAAUGGAAAUGAAUGCAACAUCCCAGGACAUGUCUACUACACAAUACACUGUCAAAAUCAGGGAUCUCUGCAUUCAGAUCAGUUUGCCAGUUUAUUUGCAUAUUCUAACAUUGUCUAGAAUAAGAGUUAAAGUAGUUUAUAUUAAAAAGCAAAACUUUGUAAAGAUAUUUUUAUUUUUUAAAAAAUAGUUACUUGGUUUUGUAGUUAAGCUGAAGCUUCAGUGAAACAAAACCUGUUGAGUUUAAAGAUUGUAUUUAAAAAUCUUUGAGUAAAAUUUUUCUAAGUAGUGUAACUUAGAAGGCAUCUCUUUUAAUCUGCUGUUCCCUCUGCAUCUUAUUAGUGUAAUGUGUGUUUGGGGGGGGGGGAUUAUGCAGCAUUCACUUAUGACCAUGGAAAUAGGCUGCUUAGACUUGGCUAAUAAAGCUGUUUCUUCUUAUGAAA